UUUUAGGAGCUUCCAGAGAGGCCAGAGGACGUAAUAUCUCUCUCUCUCACACACACAUGAUACAUGAAUGAAGAGAAGAAGAAGAAGAGGUGGAGGAAAAGCGGCGAUCACUAAGUUGCUAUCUACCAGUCAAAAGCUAGCGGUAGAACGAAAUGAUUGCUGCUUUCUGUUGUGCUUGUGCACUCCUCUCUAUUAUUAACACCUCCCCACUUCACCCUACUUCGUCUCUUGGCAUUCUAAGCUUUGCUUCUCUGGCUUCUAGCCUUGUAAUUCCUUUUAGCUUCGAUCUCUUGCAAAUGUCUCAACUCCCAAUAAAAUCUCCUAAACACUGCGCCAAGCACGGACUGAACGUAGACAAGCUCUACAAGAGACUCUUUUACGCCUUCUCCACCUUUCUCAUCUCUGUUCUCUCCGUAGUCUUCCUUGUCUGGCUCAUCCUUCGCCCUUCCAAGCCUGAAUUCCACCUCAAAGAGGCUGAUAUUUACCAGCUCAAUCUCUCAGGUCCUCACCUUCUCAACACUUCCAUACAGAUCACUUUAGUCUCCAAGAACCCAAAUCAGAAGGUCGGCGUUUACUACGACCAGCUCCAAGUUUAUGCAUCUUACAAGGGCCAACAAAUUACUCUCGACACUUCUCUCCCUCCUUUUUACCAGGGACACGAGGAUAGAAACCUCUUAACUGCGUCUUUAGUCGGAAUCGGGCUUCCAGUGGCUCCGUCCUUCGGUUAUGAAGUGGGUCGUGACCAGACGACGGGUAAACUGAUACUAAGUCUGAAAGUGAACGGACGGCUCCGGUGGAAGGUAGGGACGUGGGUCUCCGGGCGGUAUCGUUUCAAUGUUGAGUGUGUUGCCAUCAUGGCCUUUGAACCAAACGCUGUGUCCAGUCCACUGAGUUCCAAACAAGGGACUCAGUGUUCUACCAGUGUUUGAAUAACAACCACCAACAAGCUUCAGAUUGAUUUUCGAAGCAAGUUCUAUGAAGUUUUCGUUGAUUUGCAUUCUGCAGCAGGUAUAGUUUGUUAUUUAUUAAUGCUAACAAAGCCUUGUAUAAUAAUAAUAUUAAUAUUAAUGAAACAUAAGAUUGAAACUUGGAAGCG